CCCCGGACUCUUAUCCCUGUCAAUCUUGAAUCUUACUAAUUGAAUGGGUCUACGAUAAGCUACCCUUGUAGAUCUUAUCGACCCCUAGCAAGCUCAGCCUCAAGUCAAGUUUUCCCAGCCUCGUAUGACGUCCGCAAAGUAAAUAACACCGAGUACUUCGUAUCUCAACUGAAGAGAUUCAUAUGCCCUAGAACCAAUUACACACAAUGGCGCACAUGACGAACCCCCUCGCGACGCCCGACCAGCUAUACCAGCGGACCUCCUUCAGCGCGCUGCCCUCCGACCUCCAAGACAUCAUCUUCUUCACCACACAAGUCCUAACCCAAGCCGCCGGCGUCCUCCUCCGGAUCCCACAAUCCGUCGCAGCACAAGCCGGCGUAAUACUCGCACGAUACUGGCUAAUCGCCUCCCCCCUCUCCCACGAAUUUAGCGACACCUCAGCAGCAGCCCUAUUCCUCGUCGCGAAGCUCAGCGCACACCCAUGCCCACCCCGCGACGUCUGCAAUGUCUACGCGUACCUCCUCUCGCCCAGCUCUCCUCUCUUCCGCAGUCCCUCCAACCCUUCAACCACAUCCGAUAAAGACCGCGACCCGUCCUCGUAUUACCUCUCCGAGAGCGCAUACACCACCUUCCGGACCCGGAUCCUCAGCCUCGAGGCGCGCAUCCUGUACUCCCUUUCCUUCGACACCCACGUGGCGCUGCCGCACCCCCUCGCCGUCACAUACCUACAAGCGCUAGACUUCCUAUCCGCGCCGAAAACAGAGAUCGCGGGCCGCGCUGUUGCAUACCUGAACACGGCGCUGCUGUCGCCGCAGCUAUUAUACCUGACGCACCAACCGAACGCGCUCGCCGUCGCGGCUAUCUACGCCGCGGCGCGGGAUGUAGGGGCCAAGAUGCCGGAGUGUGCGUGGUGGGAGGUUUUCGAUGUUGAGCGCGAGGAGCUUGGGUUUUUGGUUGUUGGAAUGAGGAGCUUGGAGGGGUGGGCGCGGAAGCAGAGGGAUGGGUUUGAGGAGUUGGGGAAGGGGAUGGUGACACGGGCUUUUGUGGAGGGGGAGAUGAGGAAGAGGGGGUUGAGGAUUGGGAAUGGGAGUGGGGGGGUUGUGGUUGAGGUGGAGGAUGAGGAGGCGGUUAUGAUGCGUAGGUUGGAUGAGAAGGCUGCGGAGUUGGAAGGGUGAGGCGUGGAUGUGUGCUUGAGAGGUAUGUACCUAUGUAGCUAAUCACGUUGGUUUAAUGGGAUUCGAUUUAAGGAAAUGUAAUUGAUUUUUCAUUGUUCCUCGC